UAUCGCUACUUACUGAUCGCCUGGAACCAGCUGGGUAUAAAAGCCAGCGAUCGCUCUCAUUCGUUAUUCAGUUAGCAACAAGUGAGCAAACUAGCACCAGCAAAGCAUUAUUCAAGUACAAUUUUCUUCACCUGCGUUCUAAAUGGGUUCCAAUUCCCUCUUUGAAACCGACGAAGAUGUUGCCCAGGCCAAAAAGUUGUCCAGAAAAGUCAAGGAAUCUCCCUUUAUGCUAGUGGGUAUUGCCGGGUUCGUGGCCGCUGGUUUGGUUGGAGCCUACAAAUACCGAAAUCGGGGAACAAUGAGCACCAGCGUCUUCCUAAUGCAACUGCGAGUGGCCGCCCAGGGAACCGUAGUCGGAUGUUUGACCGCCGGAUUGGCCUACACCAUGGUCAAAGAGUAUCUGCUCCACGAAGAGCCAAGGGAAAAUGCGAAGCCAGUCGACUAAAAAAGCGAUCUUUACGACCGCUACCGAUGCAAAAUGCCUUAACCCUUGAGUUUUAGAAAAGUCUGCAAAUUGAGUAAACUACAAGUGCACCUCCUCGAAGUAUUAGCCACGUAAUUGUGUUAUCAUUGUAAAUUUCAUUCCCAUCAUAUGUCAUUAAGUUGUAUAUCAAUAAAAUAAAGAUUGUUAUUUACUAAAGAACCAACCCCAA